AUGGAUUCACUUCCAUGGGACCAGGUCAAGGCCGGGGAUCUGGAUGCCUUGCGGGUCAUUCUUUUCUCAAGUUCGACCGCUCGCAGGCUCCGGGCCCUGCAAGAACUUCGCGACAAAAAUGUAUCUGAUUUACCCCCAGAAUUUCACCAUGACAUCCUAGAACUGCUCUUUCAAACAUAUCCUCGCUACGUCGACCGAUCGUCGCGACAGGCGGUCCAGCAAUGUCUCCGCUCCCUUCUCCGAACCUCGAAUGCGACCGAACACCUGAAAUACCUCACCCAGACACUACAAAAGGAGGCGACCAAGCCCGUAUUGGCACCCGCGUCUGCGUUCGUACUGUUGGAAUGGUGUUGCAUCCUUUUGCAGCAGGUCAGCCAAGAUCCGGACACGCCUUUGGCCGUUGUGCUCGACUUGAUCGCCGUGGAUGCCAAGGCCUUGGAAAACUGCUUUGCGCAAACACCAAAGCCAGCAGUAAAACAGUCGGCUCUUCGGGUCACCAGACGUGCCCUGCGGGCGGUGUUCUCGUCUGAGAAAUUGGGUGAAGAUGCCAUCCGCCAGUCUGUCAGCCGAUUGACUGCCGAUUCGACCGCAGGAUCCAAGAAUGCGUUGCUUCUCGGCGUCAUCUGCGGAGUAUGCGCACGAAUUUCGGCCCGGAAAUCCAUCCUUGAGGAAUCCAAGAAGAUCAUUUUGGAGUUUUACACGAGAGAGAUUGUGAGCUCAAAAUCUGUGGUGCCCUCGCACAUCGCCAAUGGACUGUCAGAUUUCUUCGCUACCUUUGUCACCCUCGAGGAUGUGGCCAACGACUUGGUCCCUCCGAUGGAGAAAUCCAUACUGAGGGCACCGGAAGUGGUCCUGACCGGCGUCAUCUCCCCUCUCUGUGCCGCUUUACCAACAGAAAUCGAUCUUUCUGAGCUGGUGCAAACUCGGCUCUUAAAGCAUCUUUUGGCUAGCAUGAAGUCAAAUAACCCGGCAAUUCGGCAGGGGGCUGCUGAGUCGUUCGGGUCUUUGCUUGCACGGUGCAAAGCCGAGCCCGCGGUCUUGAAGAUCACUGGUGAAAUCAUUGGUCCUCUGAAGACCCAGAAAAUCUCUACCCCCGAGCACCGUGUUGCGUAUGCCCAGGCGCUGUCGGCGGUAUCACCGUCGGUCGAUGUCUCAAAAGAGAUUGUUCAGGGAUUCGGGCCCGCCUUCUCGCGCGAGUCGAACGAAGCCGCUCUCGAGGAGCAGAUUAAAGCUUUCGGCAAACAUCUUGCUUUCCUUGUCCAAUCCACUGUCAAGGUCAGUGAUGAUGUGGUGAACACUAUUGUUAAGGGCAUCUCCGACAAGCGAGUUUCAUUUAGAAAGAGUUGGCAGCUUAACGUGGGAGAAGUACUCUGGAAGUCCGAUGUGAUAGCCUUGAAGAGCCCCGAGAUUGAACCGCUUGUCGCCAAAUUCCUUGCUAAGAUGAAGGACCUGUUCAACGAAGUUGCCUCCAACCCAUUGCCCUCGGCGCAAAGCGGCGCUUUGUCAUCGGCUUAUAUCUUCCUGGCACUCUUCCAGCGGGUUUCUGACAUCCAAGGAUCAGACAAGUCAACCUGGGAAGAGAAGGUCGUCCAAUCAAUGACACUCAAUCCGAAGCCCUCUUUCCUCCUGAACCCUAGAGCUUACUCGAAGCUGGGUUCCCGAUUCGAGAUGCAAUGGCUUGUGAGGUCUCUGGCGGGUGUUGCCUCUAGCCCAAAGUUCGUCAGCUUUGAAGAUGCAUCCAAAACUGCUUGGGCCCAGUCAUUCAUUUACGCUAUUACCGCACCCGCGAUGCCAACGAACUUCCGAGAAAAUGCUGUGCAAACAUUGUCUCAAGUUUAUGAAACUGAUGUGACGUCCAUUGGACCAGUAAUCAUCAAUGCUCUGUGGGCUUGGAUCAUGGCUUUCCGCACGGGGGAGAAAGAGUCUGCCGCUGUUUCUGCAGGUCCUGGAAGUGAACGCCUACUUCACCUGGUCUUGAGAUCUCUCUGUCCAUCCACAACUAAUAAGAACGGGUCCCAAAGCUCUCCCGAGCUCAAGAUUCAGCUGAUCAAUCUUCUGGUACUUAGUCGGCCAGAGUUGAUUCCAAAUGCCUCUUGGAUCGCCUUGUGCUUGAGGACGGGCACGGAUCCCGGUGACCUCGAUCCCAUUCAGUCAGCGGUACCACAUGUCAACCUCGCCGUUUGGAGUGCUGCAGCUGAUCUGGCAUUCGUGGCGCCCGAUGCGAUGAUCCCGCUUCUCGUCAAUCAAAUUAAGAAUGACCUGGACUCCAGUCGUCUCUCCAAAUUCACUGCCACUGAUGCCGCUAUUGCCCGUACUCCCGAAGGAACUGCUUUUGUUGAUCCUCUGAGCAAUAAAUUAAAGCAGCCUGCUUUUGACAAGAACACCAAGGAUUACGAUACUUUGAAAUGGGAAGAGGAGCUCAGGGCUCAGCUGGCCGAGAAGAAGGGGCAGAAGCAGAAGAAGCUCACAGCUGAGGAGCAAUCUAAGGUCAACGCGCAGCUUAAAAAAGAGGCAAAUAUCCGGGAAGAGGUGCUGCAUGAAGUGAAACGAAUUGAAAGAGGAGCCGGUCUCAUCCGGGGCCUUGCAACUGGCCCUGCCGACGAUGCCGAAGGCUGGAUCAACACUGCUGUUGACUGCCUGUUAGCUCUUGCUCGCGCUGGCGCGGGUCUUUUUGUCGGUGAUGUCGUGUCUCAGACAUUUGUUGUCUGUGCCAGCGAGCUUUCCUCGCGCUUGGGGAACCUUCGCCCCUUUGUGGGCAUUGCAACUCUGCGCGCGAUUGGUAAAACGAAUCUCUCCCCCGCUACAGAAGCAGAGCAUCUUGGGGAGCUUGUGACAAAGAUCCUUUACCGGCUUCGCUUUGCAUCGGAGCAACGUCCUCUUGAUGUCGCGUCUCUGGCCUACUUUCUUCCCAUGCUAUUUCUCAUCUUGAGCCAAAACGGUAUUGAGGAGGUGAAGGGAGAGGAAGAAGGCGAGCAGGUCAUGCUGGCUCUUGAAGUCCUUUCGUUCCAUAGUAACUCUUUCUCCGAUGAACGCCUCCCUCGCGUUGAAGUUCUGCGGCAGCUUCUUUUCGCCAUGCAAAGGUACACACAGCACUACAAGCUGAUUAAGGAUACCUUGUUUAACUUCUGUCGGUGCAUCUCUCCUAAUAUCAACAUGAAGGAGCUGGAGACCCUCCUGCAGGGUACCAUUGUUCCCGAUGCCUCUGUUAGAACAUCCGUCCUCCAGGUGAUCGAGGCUGAAAUCGAUCUGACCGACCUCGACUUCUCUGAACAUAUCUGGCUUGGCUGCCAUGAUAAUGUGGAGGAGAAUGCUGAAGUUGCCGAGACAAUUUGGGAAGAGAAUGCCUUGGAAGUGGACGACACCUCCUUCGCCAAGAUCAUGAAAUAUCUGGAUUCUCAAGACUCUCAGCUCCGGGGUGCUGCUGCCCGUGCAUUGUCUCAUGCAAUUGAGUUUGACCAGGACAGGUUCCCUGGUAUUCUGUCGGAUCUGCAAUCGAAAUAUGCCGAGGAAGUCAAGCUUAAGGCCCCCGAAAAGGACGCUUAUGGGAUGCCCAAGAAGAUGGAUUCAACAGACCAUUGGGAAAGCCGCAGUGGUAUCGCACUGGCCUUCAAUGCGAUGACAAACCAAUUUAAUGGCGAACAGAUCAUUUCCUUCCUGCAAUUCUUGAUCGAGAGAGGACCCCUAGUCGACAGAAACUCUUCAGUCCGGGCUCAAAUGGCAGAAAGUGGAAAAUCUGUUAUUGCCCUGCGAGGCCAGAAAAAGGUCGAGGAGCUGAUGAAGCUUCUGGAAGCAACACUAGAGACCUCGGACAAAGCGACUCAAAGCUCCGACUUACUGAAUGAGGCUGUCGUUGUGUUGUAUGGAUCUCUAGCAAGACACCUAAAGGCCGAUGAUCCUCGCUUGCAAACAGUCAUAAAGAAGCUUCUCGCGACCCUACCCACCCCCUCGGAAAGUGUGCAAUCCGCCGCCUCCGACUGUCUGCCACCUUUGAUCAGGUUGUCUGGUCCGAAGACGGCAGCCUAUGUUCAGGAAUUGCUGGACCAACUUCUUAACACCAAGAGCUAUGCCACCCAGCGCGGUGCUGCGUACGGUCUCGCCGGAAUCGUGAGCGGCAAAGGUAUUGCAACAUUGCGUGAGUUCCGAAUUAUGAGCCUGCUCAAAGAGGCUACCGAAAACAAGAAGGAACCGCAUCAACGACAAGGCGCUUUGUUGGCCUUCGAGCUUUUUGCAACCGUCCUCGGUCGAACUUUCGAGCCUUACGUGAUUCAGAUUGUUCCACAGCUGCUGGGAGGCUUCGGUGAUCCAAGUAUUGAUGUCCGUGAUGCUUGCCUUGAUGCCUCGAAGGCUUGCUUCCAAAAUCUGAGCUCCUACGGUGUGAAGCAGAUUCUUCCUACUCUUCUCGACGGCUUGGACGAUACGCAAUGGCGAAGUCAGAAGGGAGCGUGUGAUCUUCUAGGGGCCAUGGCCUACCUUGACCCACAACAACUCGCGGCCAGCCUGCCCGAUAUCAUUCCUCCUCUAACGGUCGUUCUCAAUGACACGCAUAAGGAGGUUCGUAACGCGGCAAACCGUAGUCUCCAGCGCUUCGGAGAGGUCAUCAGUAACCCUGAGAUCAAGAGCUUGGUCGGGGUGCUUCUGAAGGCCCUGAGUGAUCCGACUAAGCACACGGAUGAGGCGUUAGAUUCCCUGAUCAAGGUUUCAUUCGUGCACUAUCUCGAUGCCCCGUCGUUGGCUCUUGUCGUGCGCAUUCUCGAACGUGGCCUUGGAGACCGAUCUAAUACCAAGCGAAAGUCGGCUCAAAUCAUUGGCAGCUUGGCCCACCUUACAGAACGCAAGGACCUCAUCUCGCACUUGCCUAUCAUUGUGGCCGGUCUCAAUUUGGCUAUCGUCGAUCCAGUUCCCACUACACGGGCGACUGCUUCCAAGGCUCUUGGUUCGCUCAUCGAGAAACUUGGAGAGGAUGCCCUUCCCGAUCUUAUUCCCAAUCUCAUGUCUACUCUCAAGUCCGAUACUGGUGCCGGGGACCGGCUGGGAUCUGCCCAGGCUCUUUCUGAGGUGCUUGCAGGCUUGGGUACGGCAAGACUCGAGGAGACGUUGCCUACCAUUCUGCAGAACGUCUCCAGUGCUAAGGCCGCUGUUCGCGAGGGCUUCAUGACCCUCUUCAUCUUCUUGCCUGCUUGCUUCGGUAACAGCUUCGCCAACUAUUUGAGCAAAAUUAUUCCGCCAAUUCUUGCUGGGUUGGCCGAUGACAUUGAGUCCAUUCGGGAAACCUCUCUCCGCGCCGGUCGCCUGCUCGUCAAGAACUUCGCAACCAAGGCCAUCGACCUCCUGCUUCCAGAACUGGAGCGUGGUCUGGCUGAUGACAGCUAUCGUAUCCGUUUGAGCUCUGUGGAGCUGGUUGGUGACCUUCUGUUUAGCCUUACUGGUAUCACAGGCAAGUCAGAGGGCGAAGAAGAGGAGGAGGAAGCGACCCAGGCUGGCCAGUCCUUGCUCGAGGUCCUUGGAGAAGAGCGCAGAGACAAGGUUCUUUCGGCCUUGUUCAUCUGCCGCUGCGAUACCUCGGGUAUGGUCAAGAGUGCAGCUAUGGGUGUGUGGAAAGCGCUUGUCGCCUCCCCGAGAACACUGAAGGACAUGCUGCCUACGCUUUCCCAGCUCAUUAUCCGCCGCCUCGGAUCAUCGAACAUGGAACAAAAGGUUAUUGCCAGCAAUGCCCUUGGAGACCUCAUCAAGAAGGCUGGGGAAUCGGUCCUGUCCACAUUGCUGCCUUUGCUUGAGGAUGGUCUCCAAACCUCUCCCGAUGUGGACGUCAAACAGGGGAUCUGUAUUGCUCUCCGGGAGCUCAUCACUUCUGCGUCCCCCGACGCUCUGGAGGACUACGAGAGUGUUCUUAUUGCCACCGUGCGGGUGGCUCUGGUCGAUAGUGAUGAGGAUGUGCGUGAAGCGGCCGCCGAAGCCUUCGACGCAUUACAACAGAUCCUGGGCAAGAAGGCCGUGGAUCAAGUCCUGCCUUAUCUUCUCCACCUGUUGAGGAAUGACGACGAUGCCGAGCAGGCGUUGUCUGCCCUGUUAACCCUGCUCACCGAGCAGACUCGGGCGAACAUCAUCCUUCCGAAUCUCAUUCCCACGCUGCUCACCCCGCCCAUUUCUGCCUUCAACGCCAAGGCUCUGGCCUCUCUGGCCGAGGUUGCCGGCACGGCGAUGACAAGGAGACUGCCGAAUAUCCUCAACUCUCUCAUGGAUGGUAUUAUCGAGACUACCGACGACGACCUUCGAUUAGAGCUCAGCAACUCCUUCGAUACCGUGUUGGUUUCAGUGGAUGAGUAUGAUGGCCUGAACGUGGCCAUGAAUGUGAUGAUCUCUCUCGUCAAGCAUGACGACCACCGCCGCCGCGCCCAGGCUGCUCUCCAUCUUACCAAGUUCUUCGCGGAUGCGGACGUGGACUUCUCACGAUACCACCAGGACUUGAUCCGGGUGCUGCUGAUUUCGUUCGACGACCGAGACAAGGGGGUUGUGAAGGCAGCAUGGACUGCUCUCAGUGGCUUGACCUCCCACAUGCGCAAGGAAGAGAUGGAGGUAUUGGCCAUUCCCACCCGACAGAUUCUGCGGCAAGUGGGCGUACCUGGCGCAGAUCUGCCGGGCUUCGGUCUGCCAAAGGGAAUCAUGGCCAUUCUCCCGAUCUUCUUGCAGGGUCUUCUCAAUGGCAACAUCGACCAACGUACACAAUCAGCUCUUGCGGUUGCAGACAUCAUCGAUCGCACUGGCUCGGAUUCUUUAAAGCCUUUCGUCACCCAGAUCACCGGUCCCCUCAUUCGUGUUGUGUCGGAACGUGCCAUUUUCUUUACGCUCAAUAAGCUGUUGACCAAGAUUCCGUUGGCCGUGAAGCCGUUCUUGCCUCAGCUUCAACGAACGUUUGCCCGUGGUCUGGCAGACUCCUCCAGUGAGACCUUGCGUAACCGAGCUGCUAAGGGUCUUGGUAUCUUGAUUACUUUGACUCCAAGGGUUGAUCCGCUCAUUGCUGAACUCAUCACCGGAUCCAAAACCACCGACUUUGGCGUGAAGAAUGCCAUGAUGAAGGCCCUUCAGGAGGUCGUUGGUAAGGCCGGUGGUAACAUGAGUGAGGCAUCCAGAACCGCCAUCCUCGGUCUGAUUGACGAUGGUACAAGCGACCAGACUGACGCUGUUGCCAUCACCAACGCACGGUUGUUGUCCUCCCUGGUCAAGGUUUUGCCUCCUGCGACUGCGGUUCCAUUAAUCAAGAACCGCGUCCUUGCCGGGCAACUCUCCCAUGCGUCAGUUCUCGGUCUCAAUGCUCUCUUGACUGAAUGCCCCGGCAUCCUCACGGAGAAUUUUGCUUCUGAGACGCCCUCCAUCAUCUGCCAGGGCAUUGCAAACAAGGAUGUGAGUGAGGCCUGUAACAAAACCUGCUAUUUCCACCAACUAAUCGUGAAACAGCCCUUCGUGUCCGACAACAGUGUCCUUGCUGCUGGAAAGUUCCUCCUGUCUGAAGAUGGAGACCAUGGUUUCGAAACAAACAAGGCCAUUUUCGAGGCACUGGCACCUGUCAUUCAGCCCGGCAGCCCCAGUGACACCCGACGGUUGACCUUGGUCGUCAUUCGGACUGUCGGCCGUCUUCACCCGGAAAUGACUCGGCCUCAUUUGGCACUCCUCGCAUCACCCAUUUUCGCCAGCGUCCGUGACCCGGUCAUCCCGGUCAAGCUGGCGGCAGAGGCUGCAUUCUUAUCGAUCUUCUCCGUGGUCGAGUCCGACAGCGAGGUGUUUGACAAGUACAUGGCCGGGCCGGGGGCAUCCCUCCCACCGGGACCGAAGCGGAGCAUGUCCGACUACUUUAAGCGCAUUGCCAUCCGUCUGGCCAACCAGGCGCGUGAGCGUCGGGAAGCCGAAGGUGGUGAAGGUGGAUUGGGAUUGUCCAAUGAUGAGGUGGAUGAUGAGAAGGAAUUGUGGAGUAUUGGCAAAGUUGAUCUUGGGGAAGACGGCUUUGGCGAUGAUUGA